AAGAUCAGUACCAUUAGAGGCUUCGAGAGGACGCAAGUGUAGUGAAAUGGGUUUGUGCCGACUCGCCGCCAUCUUUCAUUCUCCACCUCUUCCUCCUCUGCUGAAGCUCUCUUCCAAGUUUCCUGCUCUAUUCUUCCCAAGUUCGUCUCCUAUAUCCGCUAAAUUCUCAUCUUUAUCUUCAUCCAUGGAAUCUCCUCCCGAAGGUUAUAGGAGAAACGUUGGCGUCUGUCUCAUCAAUCCUGAUAAAAAGAUAUUUUCUGCUUCCAGGCUUGAUAUACCCAGUGCUUGGCAAAUGCCGCAGGGUGGUAUCGAUGAGGGCGAAGAUCCUAGAACUGCAGUCAUCAGGGAAUUAAGAGAGGAAACAGGAGUUAAUUCGGCAGAAAUUAUUGCAGAGGCACCUUAUUGGUUGACAUAUGACUUCCCACCUGAAGUCAGAGAAAAGCUUAAACAGCAGUGGGGAUCAGACUGGAAGGGCCAAGCACAGAAGUGGUUUCUUCUUAAAUUCAAUGGGAAGGAUGAAGAAAUCAAUCUUUUGGGUGAUGGGACAGAGAAAGCUGAAUUUGGCGAGUGGUCAUGGACGUCUCCAGAACAAAUAGUUGAGCUUGCAGUGGAUUUUAAGAAGCCUGUUUACAAGGAAGUUAUGACUGCUUUUGCUCCAUAUCUUCAGUAAUAUUACUCUGGAAUGAAUGAUCAUUUUGUUGCUUCCAAACAAGAAAACUAAUGAGCUACUUCAACAAGAAAAUAAGUUCAAUGACAGAUGCCCAUGUUGAUUCUCAGGUUAUCAGCUUGUAGCACUAAAUAAUUGUAAGAAUGAAAUUCAUCUUUCUUUGAUCAGAGUGCAAUAUUUCUUGUAAUGACAUGUAAUGUUCCUAUGAUUAUCGAGAAAUAUGAACUAAUACUCGCUGGACCUAUAUUUGGCAAUAUAGUCAAUCCUAUUCGUGAGAAUGUCUCUUCGGUCUUGACAGGCA